CAUUACAGAAAAAGAAUUUCUGUUGAUAUUAUGGCAAAUUUAAAAAUUCUAUUCCUAUUUGUCAGUUGUUUAAUAUCAAAAAUUACUGGCUUUUGUAAUUUAACAGAUACGGAUCCUGUAAGAAAUAUUAAUAGGGUUCAAUUGGUAAAUAACAGAUACGAGGGUUUGUUAAUAGCAAUUGAUCCAAGAUUGAAUGAAGAUCCGAGAAUUAUUGACGGAAUAAAGAACUAUUUCGAAGAGGCUUCCAGAGAUCUUUUCUUCGCUACGAACAACAGAGCAUUCUUAGGAAAAAUUACUAUCCUUGUACCGCAAAGUUGGAGAUCAACCAACGCUAGCCUCGCCCUAUCCGAAAGUAUUGAAAGGGGACACGUUUUAAUUGGCCAAUCUACAAGGGAAUGGGGUGAUAAUCCGUAUACUUAUAUGAAGGUCGUUCAAAACUUCAAUUUACCUGAAUUUAGGUCAUUAUCUUUUUUGUACUCUGCUAGGGAGGACCUUGCGGAACGCCUGGUGAAUAUAUAUACCUUACUGAUAAUUAUAUAAAAGACAAGGCUACAUCGGAAAGGUUAUUUGGACCAAUUGGAAAGACUUUGGUUCACGAAUGGGGUCAUUUACGUUGGGGUCUUUACGACGAAUACAAUUGGCAGUAUAACGUACCAAAUUGUUAUAUUACUCCAGAUGGCAGGGUUAGGGAAGUAAAAUGCGCUAAAGCUAUUACCGGUGAAAUUGUCUAUCAUCAGCGAACAUGUAGAUUUAUACCAGGUUCUAAUCAAGAAAGCGAGGCGUCUAUGAUGUAUAUGCAUCAUUUAAGAUCAAUAACAAAAUUUUGUAAUAAAACUGGAUGGGAUGGUUUAGCUCAUGAUCGAGAGGCUCAAAAUCCUCAAAAUCGUAUGUGUAAUGGAAAAAGUUCAUGGGAAGUUAUGAACAAUCAUCAAGACUUUGAAAAUGGAAAUAAUAAACCAAUCCACUCGGAAUUUUUCAGAAAACCCGAAUUUAAGAUAGUAAGAGCGGGAUCGUUAAGAAUUGCUAUGGUAUACGACGUCUCCGGAAGUAUGGACGGACCUCGUUUAGCCACUUUACAAAGAACAGUAAGAAGAUUAUUUCUUAGUAAAACGAUAUUUGGAGCUUUUGUUGGCAGUGCUGAAUUCUCUACACAAAGUAUAAUUACACACAAUAUGACUAGGGUGAUAACUGAUGAUCAUAGACAAUCGCUUAUUAAUAAAAUACCGCUAAGAGCAAUCGGAGCUACAUGUAUUGGAUGCGGUCUACAAGCUGGUUUACAGUUAUUAAGCCAAACCGAAGAUGGUACAAAUGGAGGAGCGAUAAUUAUCAUUACGGAUGGAGAAGAAAAUAAAGAACCAUGGAUACGGGAAGUAGCUGAAGAGGUAUUGCAGUCGGGAGCCAGAGUAUUUCCACUUGUAAUGAUACAAGACUUUAGUCCCGAUCUGACUAGAUUGGCAUUAUGUUCUGGUGGAAGACCUUUUGGAUAUUCUGAUCAAGGAGACGCUAGCGACAUGUAUGACGCUAUUCAACAGAUUAUGCAAUUAUCUGCAACAGAAAAUUCUACUAUUCCAAUAAUGAUCAGAAGUCAAAUUUCAACAAUUUCUCCAAAUAAUGAGGUUGAGUUAAAGGUCAAGGUCGAUUCAGCAGCAUCUAAAAAUUUAGAGAUUGUAUUUACAAAUACGGGUUGUAGUGGUACAACUGUUGUUAUUAAACUUCCUUCCGGUGAGAUUCUAAAUAAAACUCGUCUUAACGAAGUAGAGAAAGCGUUCCGUUAUGAAGAUAAGAUGGCGGGAAUUUGGAAUAUCACAUUGAAUAAUUUAGGCUUAGUUGAAUGCAAAACUAAAAUGACUGUUGAGAUGUUUUCUCCAAAGAGCAAUGUCAAUGCAGUUACACUAACAACAACUCUUAGUAGCGAUACUUUGGAUUUUGCUUCUGGUUCUACACCUAGAUUAAGUCUCCAUGGGACCGUUCGACAAGGUAGUACACCCAUAAUUGGCGCCAUAGUUGAAGCCGUCAUAGAAACGUCCUUUGGUGAGGUAAUUAGCCAAAAACUAUUGGAUAAUGGAGCCGGAUCAGAUUUUCAAAAAGACGAUGGCGUCUAUUCAAGCUAUUUUGUUGAUUUUCGCGGAGAGGGAAUGUAUAGUAUUAAAUUUGAAGUAACCAGUGAUAAAAAUAAGACUAAAGCUCUUUUAAAGUCAAGAUCCUAUGGAUCUGGCGCUCCUCCAGUAAAUCCUCAAUCCAUAACUGAAACAAUUGAAAUUGAGCCUAUUGAAGAGUUUGAAAGAAAUACAAUAGCUGGAACCGUCAAUGUAAAAAAUUUGGGUACUGGAAAUGCUCAGCAGCGAUAUCCUCCCGGAAGAGUUACAGACUUAUCAGUUCUAGAGGUUAAGAAGCAAUGGAUUGUUGAUUUAUCAUGGACUGCUAUUGGUGCUCAUUUAGAUACUGGAAAAGCUGCCAGGUAUAAGAUCUAUCACGGAAAAACUGUUAAUGAUAUAAGGCAAAAUUGCACUGGAACUUGUUCUGAAACACGAGCAGAUAUGAUUAUGUCUGGAAACCUAACUAAUCCAAAAGAACCUGGUAGUCAAGAAUUAUUUAAAAUAGACUUCAACAAGUUAAAUUUAAAUAAUAAAGAUUCACUUUUCGUUGGUUUAAAAGUAAUCAAUAGUUUUAAUAUCGAAGGAGAAAUUUCAAAUAUUAUUGAUUGCCGAUACAUCAUUCAAGCUGCUCCACCUCUAGCACCUCCUGCAGAUAACAAAUCUAAAAAACUAUCCGGUGGAGCCAUAGCCGGAAUAGUAAUUGGUUGUAUUGCAUUUAUUGCCAUAAUUACAGUAAUAGUUGUAGCUAUUAAAAAGAAAUCUGACAAUUAAACUGAUACAAAUGUUUUGAAUUUUUAAAUUUUUUAAAUAUUUUAGAUAAAUAAAUAAUAAAAAAAACGAUUAAUUUAGCUUAUCAAGCGAUAAUAAAAAUGGUUUUAAUCAGAGAUUAAGCUUGUUUUACCAUUAAACAAAGUACACUUUGAGAAAUUUGGUUUUUGUGUUAUUUUCAUACUUUUUAUCUUUUUAUUAAAAAUUUUGGAUAUCAUUCUUUAUAUUUUAAUGGAUUGCUUGAUUGAUUGAUUAAUCUUUGUUCAUUCCAUCCUUUCUAUUGAAUGAUUGAUUGAAUACAAUAUAUGAAUAUUUUAUUGAAUGAUAUUUGGUUUUAUAAUUUGUUUUGUAGAUAUCAAAUGACAAAUGUAAUGAUUUUAUCUGCUAACCAUUCUUAAUCGGGGUCGGGUGUGAACCUACCUGGGUACUAACGUACCCCAGGCGAGUGGGCGUAUUUUUAAUCAUUCUAUUUAAGGAAUCUGAAAGAUAACUUUUAAAAAAAGAGAGAUGUGAUUUUAUUUUCUUUAAAUGAAAUAUUAUAAUUAUCUUAUCUUAAUAAAUUAUCAUCAAUAAUCCAUCAACACUUGCUUCAACAUUUCUCAAUAGAUCAGACUGAAAAGAUUGUAUGAACUGAGUAGUUUUAUACUCGGAAGAUAGAGGGCAGAGUAAUCAACUAUAUUGAACAAUUUUUAACAUAUCACUUAAUAUUAAAAAAAUUGAUCAUCUUCUUCACAGAGACUUCAUGGUGUUGUAAAUGAAAUCUUUACUACAGGAUUGUUGCUACUCUCCCCUCCCUCUCUCUCUCUCUCUAUGUCUCUUCAUAAAUAAAAUAUUAUUCAACAUUGUGUUCCUAUCAAAAAGAGAUGGAUUUUAUCUUUGUCUUUCAAAACAAAGAGUAAUGCUAAUUUGCAAUCCAAUUCCAUUGUAAUUUCUGAACAAAGGAUAUUUACUCUAAGCCUAAUCUAACAGUUUGCAAAUUACUUUCCAUAUGGUUAUCUCUCCAAUUCCCUAAUCUUAAAAAUGUUCCUGUUCUAAAAUAUAUUUAGAUAUUUCAUAGUUUGCACUAAAUAAACCUUUGAAUUAGUGAACUCUGUUAUACUUUUUUUUAAAAUAAAUAUAAAAAUAGACAUUUUAUAGCCAAGUUA